CGUUACAACUCACGAUAGAUCUCUUGGCCACGUUUAUGUGAAGGGAAGGGCAGAAAUCUCCUCAGUUUUUUUGGAAUCCAAUUGUUGAAACAAGAAAUUUGCAGAAGCAGAAGAAGAAGAAGUUGAGAGUCAGAGAAACGGAUGAACAAAGAUGGACUGGACCCGAGAUAUCGGAAAAGGUGGGAACUGAAGCCGAGCGCGAACAAACUAACUGAAUUAAGAUUACGACGCAUCGAGCAUGAAAAUUUGUUUCUUAAAAGUCAAAAUUCUGUUGACAAACUUGUCAAUUGAACUGUCUUUUCGUCAUUGGAUGGAGUGGCCUCGUAGAAGAUGAGGCUGAAGUUACACCUCUCCUUUUAGCGCUCUUGGAACAAGAUGGAGAAUAUGCAGUACGCUGAGGAGCUUGUGAAGGAGUUUCUUGUCUUCAGAGGGUUUACAAGUACUUUGCAAGCUUUUGGGAAAGAAUUAGGCACUGAUAUAGGCAAAGGAUUUCAAGUAGAUAAGAUAUUGGAACUAAUAUUCUCAGUCUACAUUCCCCAAUUUCGAGCAGAAGAGUUGAUUGAGGUGCUGAGCUUUUUCAAGCAGUGCUUUUCUUCUUCAUCUGAGACAUUGUUGAUUUCUACACUAUCAAAACUAGAGGUCUCUAUUCUCCGUUGUUAUGUAGUACGUGCCAUACUAUCAGGAAGGAAGGACAAAGUUAUAGAGUUUUUGGGGAUGCAUGGCAAUGACUUGUUGCAAAGAGACCAGGAUUGGACUUACUGGUUUGCCAUCCCAUACAUUAAGAACCCCAGCUCGGAUCCACAGUUUCGCAUAUUUUUUUCACAGGAGUGGUUUAACGCCUUGCAUCUGUCAGUUAGGAACUUCUUAAGCGAGAUGUUUAAUGAUACCCGCAUCCCUGCGAUAUUGAAGAUCUGUUCUGAAAAGAUUACUGUCAACCGUCUUAAAAAGGACAUUAGGCAACUUAAUCUUAGGUUGUCCGAACUUCAGGCUUUAUUGGAGAAAAAGGAAGCUCAGUUAUGCAGAUCAAGGAGUUAUGCUUCAUCACCCCUGGAAGCAAGUGUGGGUCAGAAAACCAGCCCAACCAACUCUGUAACCUGGACUCCAUUGAAUGGUGGCCAUGAAGCGGAUAUUAUUCCACCCAGGGUUUCUCAUGAGACGUGUGCGCCUUUGAGUACACCUGUAAGUGAACAAGAAUCACCUAGGAAUUGGGUCGUUACUGGACCUGCUGAGGGUGCUCCAAAAUUGGCCUCAUCUAAGGUUACUCAAAGCUCAAGCUCAAAAAUGGUGUUCAGAGGGAGUGGGAGGAUAAAUGAUCCUCUGGAAAUGAUCAAGGAUGGCUUUAAUAUUGAGACUAGCACAGAAAUGCAGGAAGAAGAAGAAUUUCCAGAAGUGGAAGUAGAAUUUCAGGAGACAUUCUUGGGCCACACAAGUCCUAUCAGUCGAUGCCGAUUUUCUGCGUCUGGGAACAAUAUUGCCAGUGCUUCUGUGGAUGGCACAGUCAGGAUAUGGACAUAUGACUCAGCAACUCCAGCAUCAAGAAAUGCAACCAUAUACUGUGGGGCAGAGAUCAUGUCGCUUGAAUGGGAUUGUAAAUCAGAUCGCUUGCUUCUGAUUGGCACUGCUGAUGGUGGCAUUAAAGCAUGGAAUGUUGAUGCCAAGAGAGUUGUUUGUGAUCUCAACACAAUUGAAGCAUUUCCGAGUGUCUUGGAUUUGAAAUGCAGUCCUGUGGAACCAAUUUUUGUUUCUGCAGCAUCAUCCAGAGGGCAUGGCACCAGUUAUAUGGAUAAGUUGGGAUUUGCAAACUUAACUGUCUGGAACAUGAAAACAUGGAAAGCAAUGACAGUCCUUCCUCUUGGUGAAGAUCCACCGGCAAUAACUUCCUUAUGCUUCAACCAUAACGGGAAGAUUUUGGCCGCUGCUGCAACUGAUGGAAUGAUUCACAUGUUUGAUAUGUCUGCUGGACUACCAAUUACGGGAUGGCCAGCUCAUGAUUCCGCUAUUAGCUCCAUUCUUUUUGGGCCUGAUGAGACAAGCAUUUUUAGCUUGGGAAUUGAUGGAAAGAUAUUUGAAUGGAGCUUGCAAAACCAAGGUAAAGUUCUUUGGUCAAGAAACUGCAGCAGGUUCUGCAAUCAUGAGAACUCAGGACACUGUAGACAUGAAAUGGCUUUAGAUGCUGAUGGGAGGAGACUUUUGGUGACAUCUGGUUCAGUGAGAGCACCCAUAUAUCAGGUUAGAGGUCAUAUGAAUGGAGUGAAAACCCUUCUUCACAGUGCGGCCAUAACCACUGUUGAUUGGCACCCAACCUUGCCCUUGUUCCUCACUGGUUCAGCCGAUCAUUCAGUUCGUGUGACAUCAAUAUCAUGAAGAUUUUUCCUUUUUGAUUAUUCAAUUAUUUGUAGCUUUGAGAUUGCCAUAUAGCAUGAAAUAGAUCCCGUGCAGUGGUUUGACCACAGUCCUAAUUGGUUUUGUGCCCUUUGUCCAGUUUUUUUGUUGUAGGCAUUUAUGUCAAUGUAAUUCUGAAAUUUCUCUUCUUCAGGUCCAGAAAGAAAGAAGGAAAAAUUAUUUUUAUCAUCACUUCUUCCGAAAUGUAAUUAAACAACAGAUUGUGUUGGAGGAACUUCACACCAAGCAAUGCUAGUACUGAAGUUGUAA